AGUUAAUUAAAGCUUAUUGAAUUAAGCUGUUGUAUUGAAAGAAUUAUAAGUAAUUUAUUAGUUUUUAAGCAUAGAUUCCUUACUUUAAUUAUUAAAAAUAAUGACAAAAAUAUAAAAUGCAGUAGUUAAUUUAAAAUGUCAGAUUUUAAUUAUUUAAACUUAUACUUUAUUUUCUCAUAAAUCCUGUCUGUGAUUUCAAUGUUAUAGAUAAAAAUAAUGAGUGGUGUGCAGUUUAGAGAAAUUCACAAAAAUUCCUGGUUGAGAAAACUACCAACAGGUGUAGAUAAAAAAUCUGCUUUGAAACUAACUGGUGGACAAAAAUUGUGGACAGUGUUUUGUAUUCAUGAUGAUACAGAACCAGUUUUAGAAUUUUAUGUAGAUCAGAAAAAAGCAGUAGCUCAUCGUCCAGAUAAUACAGUACCUUUAUCUGAUACCGUCCAUGUUUCUGCCACUAUAUGUCCUUUACCUGUUAAUGCAGGUGAUCAACAACAACAAUACCAAUAUGAGUUUGUUGUAACAUUAUCUUCAGAAAUAGUCCGUUUGGCUGCUCCAUCUUGGAAUCAGAUGAUGGAUUGGGUACAAGGUUUAGAUAUGAAAUUAAGAGAGAUGCAUAUCUUAUCUCCUAAGGAAAAUGUUUAUACAAAACCACCAGAAUCUAAACCUCCACUUCUACCAACUAGAGAUCCUAACUCACCUUUACCACCCCCACCACCUUUACGUGACUUACAAACUAUUGUUUUACCAGGUGUUGAACCUGUUGUUGCAACUUCUCAACAAUCAACCAGAAAUGAUGUAUCAAUAGAAAUAGAUCAUACUAUUUUGACACCACCUAUUAGUCCAAAUAUAGUUAAUUCUAGUAGACUGGAAAAUAAUGUUACCAUCGUUGAAGUCCAGAACAAUAGUCAAGUAUUUGAUUUUAAUCAAAUGGAACAUGCCUUAAUUCAACCAGAAGAACAAAUGGAGAUAGAAAUAAUUUCUCCUAGAUCUGUUAGAAUGCCCUUUACAACUGAGCAACCUAAUUUACUUUUAAGACCAACUAGACUUAAUCAGAUGAAUAUUAUUUCUGAAGAGACUCACAGUAAUCUUAUAUCUAAUAAUCAUCCAGAAUCAAGUGAUAGAAAUACUAAUGAUGAUAUUUCACGAAGACUCUUGACUGAAGUUAAUAGUGAAGAACAACAUAUUAAAAUAAGAUCUGUUGAACCUAAUGAAAAUAGAUCAAGAAGAAGAAUUAACAGAUCAGAAGUUGCACUAGCUGGAGAUCAAGAAAUAACACCUAGCAAUAACUAUGAGCAUCUAGUAUUACCAAUAACUGUUCAGCCUAGAAUGGCAAGUUCUUCAAGUUUUAUUCCUUCAGAUAUUGCUAUUAUGCCAACAAGAUCCCAACUUCCAAUAGGAAGAGGACGUGGUGCAAGGCGAAAAAUAAAUAGUGAAAGUCAACAUCCAAUUGUAGGAGCAGAUAGAAUUAGAGUAGCUGUCAAUACUACUCGAAUGUUACAACCCGUACCAACACCUUACAUUCCUAUUGCUGAAACUAGAGAUUUAUUGAGUCCUAGCCGUUUAACGGUACGUGAAAAACAAGUCUUACAAUUACGCAGAGAAAUGUCUCACCCCGCAGGUGUUCGACUACAACUAAGGCGAAAGGAUUGUAUAAAUACAAUUGCUUUUGUUGAUGUAUUUCAAACCGUAUGGAUUGCUGGUUGGAAACAAAAAGAACAUCCAAUGCUCCAUAAUGCUUUACAUAUCGGUGAUCAAUUACUUAGUGUUGCUGGAAAACCAGUAACAUGUUCUACAGAUGCCCAUAAAUCUAUAAAAGCAUGGCCUAGUCUUUAUGUUGAACUGAUUAUAAGACGUGUUCCUUGUGGUAAAGUAUUUGUUGUCAGAAGACAAGAACAAGGUCAAGAUCUUGGUAUCGUACAAGAAGGUGGUACUGCAGAAAUUAAAGAUAUUAUACCAAACAGUUUGGCUGCUGUUCAUGGACUAUCACCUCGUACUCCUACUGUAGAUGGUUUAUCAUUAACAACUUGGACUUUAACUGAAAUUAAUUCACGACCAUUGAAUUUAUUGUUUAAAGAUACAGAAAUUAGGGAUCGACUAAAUGCUGUUGGUCUAGAUAUUUCCUUGUUGGUACAACCAACAGAUCUCAUAUCAGCACUUCGUAAACAACUAAAAUCGUUAAGAGCCUUUAAAGAUUUUUUGUUAACAUAAAUUUGAUUUUGUUGGUAAUGUUUUGUCAAUUUUUACUAUCACAAUUUUAUGUUCAUUUUUUUAACAAAUAAUAAAAUAAUGCUAUAAAAUAAAAUCUAGCUCCAAAAGAGUAAGUAUUAAAAUUUAACUAAACAAAAAUAAUAUUCACUUAGUAGAUUUUUGAAUUUUAAACUCUCAGUUGUAUUAUCCCCAGUUCCCUUUUUAUAAAUGAACACAUUUUUUCUUUAUUUAAAAUGUUUCAAAUAUAAUUUAAUAUUACUUUAUCAACUAUGCUUAUGCAAAAGACCUAAAUAAAAUGUAGACAAUUUUAUAGAAACAUUAAAUUUUAAUAAAAAAGAAUGUUUGUUUUAUUUUGCAGAAAUUUUUUAUAUUUAUGUUAAAAUUAAAUUAAUUUUCAGAUCUUAUUUUUUCUCGUGUUAU